GGAAGGCGACACCUCUGCAACUCGGUGCUCAAAAUUAGGAGCCUAUCGCCUGCAACUGCAGCGAAUCGCCUCCAGCUUCUCUGCCGCCGCUCCCUUCGCCUCCCUCCUCUCGGCCAACCGCCCUUCUCUCCCUCGUCCACCUCCCGCAAAAAGCAGCUCCCCCAUAAAUAUCAAACACAAGGAACCACAGAGAGAGAGAGAGAGAGAGAGAGAGAGAGAGAGGGAGAGAGGUGAAUCCAAUUCAGUCGUCUCGGAACAGAUUCUUCUUCGUGGAGCAAGAAUCUGAUUUCCACUGCAGCCUGCAAGGUUUUUGCGGCCGUAGUUGAUAGGUUCUUGUUCUUGUGAGAGUGAAUUACGUGAGGAAAAGGGGGGAAAGGGCGUAGAAAGACAGAUUUUUGUCCAUAGUCAGUGGCUCGGUUGUUCUUAUCCCCACGGGCGCACGAUUUGACCAACUUGUCGUCUCUGCCGCAGCCCAUUUGCACAUCCUCCAGGCGCCCAUAGAAAGGCGGCGUGUCGCUGCCGCCGACCGCUCCGGCCGCUUCAGCCUUCAGAAGUUUCAGUCAGAGUUAGAAUUACCACCAGCAUGGCCGGAACUGACAACCGCAGAGCAUUGAUGGAGGAUUGGAUGCUUCCUUCACCCAGCCCAAGAACAGUGAUGUCAAGCUUCUUGAACGAAGAAUUCAGCUCUUGUCCAUUCUCCAGCAUCUUCAGUGACAAUGGCAGCAGCAAACCACUGGAUGCAAUUGAGAAGAGCAAAACUUUAGUUGAUUCGAGCGUUGAAGAAACUGUUCAAAAUACAAAAGCCCCUCUGCAGCUUGAAUCAAACCUUUUUAGGGCAAAUCAGGAAUCAACCUCACAUGGAGGUCUUGCGGAGAGGAUGGCUGCAAGGGCCGGUUUUGGUGUCCUGAAAAUUGACACAUCUCGUGUCAGUUCUUCUGCGCCAAUCCGGUCGCCUGUGACAAUACCACCUGGUGUGAGUCCAAGGGAGCUUCUCGAGUCACCAGUUUUUCUACCCAAUGCCAUUGCGCAACCUUCUCCUACAACUGGCAAGUUGCCAUUUCUAAUGCCUAAUAACUUCAAGUCAAUGAUAUCCUCGGUCCCCAAGAAGGCUGAAGAUUACUUCCACGAUGAUUGUGCAUUUUCCUUCCAGCCCAUUUUGAUGUCUAAGCCCCCAAGUUUUUCAACUGUGGACAAGGGUUUGAGUGCUGUUCACCAAAAUCAGUCCUUAGCAAAUUAUAGUCAGGAGUUAAGUCUUCAGGCUAACACAACUGCAACCAAGGAUGAAACUGAGGAAAAUCUUGUUAAACCUAGCACAUGUGAUUCCAUGUUAGAUAAUGACCAUCCUUCCCCUGCUGAUGAACAAGAAGAGAGUGAGGAAAACCAAAAUGAAGAAGAUUCCUCAGUUCCAGUUAUCGCACCUGCUGAGGAUGGAUAUAACUGGAGAAAAUAUGGACAAAAGCAAGUGAAGAACAGUGAGCACCCAAGGAGCUACUACAAAUGCACUCACCCAAAUUGCCCUGUCAAGAAAAAGGUGGAGCGUUCUCAAAAGGGUCAUAUAACGGAGAUAGUCUACAAAGGUUCUCACAGUCACCCUUUGCCGCCUCCCAACCGCCGGCCAAGUGUCCCGUCGUCACAUGUCAAUGAUUUGCAAGCUGAUGGCUCUGAGAACUUUUGUUCAAAGCCUGGUCAUAACACAGAAACCUCACGGGCAAUGGCUCCAAAUGACCACUUCCAAGAUGUGCAUAGUGAAGUUCUUGAAAAGAAAUCUUCUGGUUCUCUUACCACAACAGAGAUUGCUGAUACAUGUGUUAUGGAGUCCCAAGAAGCUGUAGAUGUCUCGUCUACACUCUCCUCCAACGAAAAAGAUGAGAGGGCAACACAAUGUACCAUUCCCUCGACCUAUCGCGGGGAUGACGAUGAGACUGAAUCUAAAAGAAGGAAGAUGGAGGUUUCUGCUGCUGCUAACACUACCACCAAUGCCAUUGACAUGGCAGCUAUGGCAUCAAGAGCUGUACGGGAGCCUAGGAUUGUUGUGCAGACCACAAGUGAGGUUGACAUCCUUGAUGAUGGCUACCGCUGGCGCAAGUACGGGCAGAAAGUUGUCAAAGGAAAUCCAAACCCAAGGAGCUACUACAAAUGCACUUAUGCAGGCUGCACAGUGCGCAAGCAUGUGGAGAGAGCCUCAAAUGAUCUCAAGUCCGUGAUCACGACGUAUGAGGGCAAGCACAACCAUGAAGUUCCAGCUGCCAGAAACAGUAGUGGGCAUCCGAACUCUGGUUCCAAUGCUGCGCCACAGGGUAGCAACCUUCACCGGAGGCCAGAACCGGCACAACCCAGCAUCCCGCAGCUGAACGCUGCUGCUGCUUAUGGCUCACUUGGUCUCCCACCACAACUCAGCGCAGCUUCAGGUGGUUUCUCCUUCGGAUUGCUCCCACCUGGCAUGGCGGUACCAGUACCAUCUCUGGGGACCUUCAUGCCAGCACCUAUACCUGGUCAUCCGCCAACAAUGCAGGGCUGCACAGGGCUUGUGGUGCCAAGAGGUGAGGUGAAGGUGAACUUAGAGGAGCAGUCCAGAUUGCAGGUGGCAAACGGGAAUGCCAUGGCAGCUUACCAGCAGUUCAUGGGCAGGUUGCCUCAGGGUCCUCAGAUGUAAAUAGCAGGCACAAAGUGGAGAGAUAGGUGUUUUUUUUUUUUGCUUGUGUACAUAGACAAUGUCAAUGUUCUGUGGUUUCUGCUAUUGUAGUUCCUUUGUUUUCUUCCAUCCCUUUCUUUAUCGAACAUUUGCUUUCAGCCUUUAGUACAGAUGAUUCCUAUAAUAGUACUAGUAAGCACUAAGAGGAAAUGGGGGAAGGAGGCAAUUACUUGAGU